AUGGGACAAUUGCUGUCGGAGCCUCGUUCUGCGGUGUCGAGGAAGCGUCCAAGACGUCCAACUGGAGGACAGGCGCGUGUUUCGAGCUGGAAAAGAAUGGCCCAGAGUUUACGCCGUCAAUUCGAGGUGAUGGCCGUCCAUCAGCUGCUUCCCAGGCUUUGUGUCUUCCACCCGACGAUCCGUUUGACGCUGGUCAAGCGUGCAGAGCUGGCGAGUCGAGGAUAUCGGCUCGGAGGUGGUUUGCUGCCACCUGUCGGCAGGUUAGAAGCGAGCAAUACAGAACGUGGUCGCAGCGUUGAGGAUGUGACUGUAACUGCUGCGAAGACGCAGCUGCGCUGUCUGCCAUUGAGAAGAAAGCUGAGGGCACUGAACGAUCAGCUUCACCUACAAGUCUCUGCUUUCGUGGAUGAAGGUGAGAAGAAUGAUGAUACGAAAACGCGAGAUCCUGGUGACGAAGACGACGCCAUCGACGAGCAAGCUCCGUCAUUGCUACUGACGGCGCUAGAGAAACAACGUAACCGAGCGGUGCUGUUGCUAGAAAAUGCCGUGCAUGCUGCACUUGUACGAAGUAUGGCGCGCGCUUGUCCCGCCCGUGAUAAGAUGGCGAACUGCAGUCUUUUUCGCACGCUGGACUCACAUCAAACUGCAGUUGACCAAUUGAUCCAGUUUUUGAGUGUAUGGAAAGCUGAUCUCGAUGCAUGGAAUACCUCAAAAGACCCCGUGGCUCUACUUACCACGCACCCGAAGAUCAAUUCACGAGAGCGGCAACUAACUCCUUCAAUCCCAGUCGAUCCUCGCCUGAAAAGCGUCGCUACACAGCUCCAAGACUUGCGAGCUAUAAGCGAGACUUUCACUGCGCUGGCCAUCGCAGCUCAAUACGAGCUUUUGUCCGCUGACUCAGCAGCUGGAAGUCUGAGCAGCUCCCGUGAUGCGAUGCGAUCUAUGGUUCACCAGUUGGAGGAGAUGUGGGGCAAGUACAAUAGCGCCCUGAGCGCUUUAAAAGGUGGAGAAAACUCGCAAGACACGAUGGUGGAUGAAGAAACUGAAGUAGAAGAUUGCGAGUCAAAACUGACCGAGUCUGUUACCCCUUUGUCUGAUGUGACACCAGCAGACCACAAUUGCACUAUUGUGUUCACUGGAACCAGCACUGGCAACGACAACUUUGAUUUACUUGCACUAUUAAAGCACCAGGAGGCAGACACGGCAGCAGCGUCAUCAGGACCAACGCCGCAUUUUGUACGUGAGUUGCAAGAUGUGCUGGCGCACCGCGUACCAGGCCUCACGAAACAUGUUGAUCUUGAUCCUCCGAUACCACCGGCACCUCCGUACAUGUACGACGAAUUUUGGCCAUCCAACAAGAUCAGCGAUAUGAUGAAAGUAUGGAGCGUACUGCGCAUUGCGCAGACCGCGUCGUCGCCGCUCCAGCUUCUGGCGAUACUUUUGGGCGUGCGUCAUGGCUUGGCGCGUGCUGCGCGUGCCGAUGUGGGCGGCCACGAGUUUCCAGGGGCCGUGUGGAUUGAGCUCUACGGCCUCAAGAAAGCGCGCGUGCUCUCCGGGGGUCCAAACACCCUCACCUUCGCGACUGAGACGAGGCCGAGUGCCUUGGCGACGGAUGCGGGACAUUCGUAG